AUACAUUAUCUCUGCGCCAAAAGAUUAACAAAAAACUCAUUAUUUAUAAAAUAAAUCGCGCCCAAAUUCUGCAAAUAAUCUUUCUCCGACAAAACCCAUUUCAUGAUGAUGAUGGAACUCGAAUGCUGGAAUUAGCUCACUGCUCGGGUGUUCUGGCUAGUUUAGAUAAUGUGGGUGUUGUUAUGAUGGGACAUGACUGAUCAUGAUGCCUCAUUCUGAGUACUUUACUAUAAUAUUGUUCUCUAGAUGCUGAAACUCCGAUUAUUCUUAUUAUUUAUUUAUUAAGUUACAAGGUGAAGAUGAAUUUGCAAGCACACCCUUCAGACCAUAUCUCAGAACAGGCACUUAACCAAGCUGGUACUUUAUUGACUGGGAUACCACAGCAAAAUAUUGCUCUGCCUAGUCAGAUGCAAAAUCCUAGUAUGCAUCGUCGUGUGCAGAACAUGGACCCUGAAUAUAUAGAAGCACGGAGGUUUAUGACUGAAAAGAUAAUUGAAUCUCUCAUGCAGCGGAGGCAACAAUCUCAUGAGUUACCUGGUAAAAAUAUUUGGGACCUAGCAAAGCGCUUAGAAGAGGGUAUAUUCAGGAUCGCUACAUCCAAGGAGGAGUAUCUAAACCGUGCAACCUUGGAAAGUCGUUUGCAAUUUGUUAUUAGACUAUCAAAGACUAAUCACAACCAGCAAUUUUCACAAGUUAAUACAUCGUCUUCCAUGGGUACAAUGAUUCCAACUCCUGGAUUACCCCAAACCGGUAAUUCAAGCCUGAUGAGAAUGUCGUCUGUGGAUAACUCUAUUGUUGGUAACAGUAGCUCUAAAACAAUUGCAUAUUCCACCAUCAAUUCUGGAAACUUGUUGCUGGCUGGAAAUGGAUCUGUUGGGAGUAAGGCCGGUGGUUCUUUUAGUUCUUCUAGUGGUGCUUUAGCUAAUGGAUAUCAACCAUCAUCAUUGGGGGGUACAGUUAACUCUGUUGGCAAUAACACAGCGACAUCUAUGAGUGUUCCAAGAAUAACAAGCCAAAUGAUUCCCACUCCUGGAUUUUCUAGUUCAGAUAACAAUGAUAUAAAUACUAAUGCUAAUAAUCAGUCUCUGAUAAAAAUGGAGUCCUCUAAUAACAUGUUUGCAUUUCCAGCUUUUGAAUCUACUGAUGUAUCACAGCCGAUGUUGCAAAAGCAGCGAGUUGGUCAAAAUAGUCGUAUUCUGCAUAAUAUUGGCGGCCACAUGGGUGAACUUAGGUCUACAUUGCAGCAAAAGUCGUAUGUUCCAUCAAAUGGGCCCUUAGAUGCGGGGCUGGGGAUGAUGGGAAACAAUAUGUCUCUGAUGAAGGGUCCAGUUGCUUCUGAGGGAUAUUUAACAGGAACAUUAUAUGGCAACUCCCCCAAACCAUUGCAACAACAUUUCGAUCAACAUCAACAGUCAGCAAUGCAGGGUGAUAGAUAUGGAAUUGGAAAAGCUGAGGCUUCAGGGUCUGGUAAUAUACAUUCUCCAGUAACCUCUGUUGGGUCAUUGAUGAACAGUCAGAGCUCAACUGCUGUAUCCUUGCAGUCCAUCCCCAAAACAAACUCUCAUUUGAUGAUAAAUCGUUCGAAUAUGCAAUCUACUCUACACACAAGUAUGAAGGCGCAAUCAUUUGAUCAAUCUGACAAGAUGAACUUCCAAUUGCAGCAUUCAUCUAGAGAAAAUCUUGUACAAUCUCCUCAACAACAAUAUCAACAACCAUCUCACCAUUUUCAGCAGCAGAAACUUGGUCAACAUCAACUCCAGCAAAAGCAGAAAAGUCAGCAUCUCCAACCUAUUUUAAUGAAUGACACAUUAGGACAGUCUCAGCUAUCGUGUAGUGUAGGCGUUGAAGGAAAGAUCGAGCCUGGAAUAAAGCAUCAAGAGGAAAGUCUGCACUUGCAAGUCUCUAAGACAUUCGAGUUUUCUGAUUUAGAGAAUCAGUUCCCACAAAAUGCUAUGGAAGGCCAUUCUGGAGGUGCUUCACAUCCGUCUUACCCACAAGAUAUGUCUUCAUCUCGUACUCAAACUUCAGAUCAGAUACAACAGCUGUUGCAUCCGCAGCAAUUUGCUGCUAACACUCAAAACGGUUUUAACAGCCUAUCUGGUGGCAUCCAUAUGGAUGCAGCUCCGCAAGAUCAAUGUGACCCCAAGUCUCAAGAUGUGUCUCAUGUAUCAAGGAGAGCCCAACAUGAUCAAAAUGUGCAUGGUGAAUAUCACCAGACAAUAACUGGGAACGAUAAUGCACAGAGGCAUAAUUUAUCCUCAGAAGAAUCUAUGAUUGGACAAUCUGAUGCUACUAAAUCAUCAAAUCCUCCUAAUUAUACUGGCACUGUACGUAGAUCUAGUAACCUUAAUCGUGAACAGCAAUUCAAGAACCAACAAAGAUGGUUGUUGUAUUUGCGCCAUGCUCGUACUUGCCAUGCUCCAAAAGGCAAUUGUCAAGAUCCUAAUUGCAUUACAGCGCGAAAAUUGUUGAAUCAUAUAGAAAGAUGCAAUAUACUUGAAUGUUUGUAUCCUCGUUGCUGCGGUACGAAGGAUUUAAUAAAUCACCAUAGGAUCUGUAGGGAAGCAAGUUGUCCUGUUUGCAUUCCUGUUAAGAAUUUUCUGCAGUUACAUCUAAAGGCACUUGCUGAUUCUGAUUUUACUUUGAAAGAAAACCGUAAAUCCCAUAAUUCAGCUGAAAAUGAUGGUGGGUUGACACUCGAGACAAGUCCAGUUAUAACUGAAACUCCAGAAGCCAUACAGCCUUCUGUUAAACGGUUGAAGAUUGAAAAUACCUCCUUACCCAUUCCGUCUGAAACUGAAAGCUCGGUUAUACGAAGUCCUGCUGUAAUUGAACCUCAUCCCCUCUCCGAUACACAACAUGAUGUUUCUCACGUGCCAAUGGAAUCCAAUGACACAGGAGUAAAGAUGGAAAUUCCGUCAAGUGUUGGGCAGUUAAGUUCUAAGAAUAUUGAGAUGGUAAAGGAUAAUUUGCAUGAUACCUACAAACAAAGGCCGGAUGUAUUUCCUAUCAUCUCAAAUAAUCCUACUGGAUUUGGUGAACAGGAGGUUAUCAAGAUUGAGAAGGAACUGGACCAUGCUAAACAGGAAAGUACAUCAGUUCCUUCUGAAAGUUCAUCGAAGUCUGGGAAGCCAAAAAUAAAGGGAGUAUCGCUGAUAGAAUUGUUCACCCCUGAACAAGUCCGGGAGCACAUUACAGGCCUUAGACAAUGGGUUGGUCAGAGCAAAGCAAAAGCCGAAAAAAAUCAAGCAAUGAAGAAUUCAAUGAGCGAAAAUUCAUGUCAGUUGUGUGCAGUUGAGAAGCUUACCUUUGAACCACCACCCAUAUAUUGCACACCUUGUGGUGCUCGCAUUAAAAGAAAUGCAAUGUAUUAUACCAAUGGAGCUGGUGAUACUCGUCAUUGCUUCUGCAUUCCAUGUUAUAAUGAGGCUCGUGGGGACACCAUUGCAGUAGAUGGAGCUUCUGUUCAAAAGACGAAGAUGGAGAAGAAGAAAAAUGACGAGGAAACUGAGGAAUGGUGGGUUCAAUGUGAUAACUGUGAAGCAUGGCAACAUCAAAUAUGUGCGUUAUUUAAUGGCCGAAGGAAUGAUGGUGGACAAGCUGAUUACACCUGUCCAAAUUGUUAUGUGGCAGAAGUCGAAAGAGGAGAACGUGUGCCAUUACCGCAAAAUUCUGUUCUUGGAGCAAAAGAUUUGCCAAGAACAAUUUUGAGUGAUCACAUUGAGCAACGAUUAUUUAGACGGCUGAAGCAAGAGAGACAGGACAGAGCGAGACUUCUUGGAAAAAGCUUUGAUGAGGUUCCAGGAGCAGAAGCACUUGUUGUACGAGUUGUGUCAUCAGUGGACAAAAAGUUGGAAGUCAAACCACGGUUUCUUGAAAUAUUUCAUGAGGAGAAUUAUCCAACAGAGUUCCCAUAUAAAUCUAAGGUUGUACUAUUAUUUCAAAAAACUGAAGGUGUUGAAGUAUGCUUAUUUGGCAUGUACGUUCAAGAAUUUGGAUCAGAAUGUCAGCAGCCAAAUCAUCGCCGAGUAUAUCUCUCAUAUCUUGAUUCUGUUAAGUAUUUCCGGCCAGAGGUCAAGACAGUGACUGGAGAGGCUCUUCGGACAUUUGUGUACCAUGAAAUUUUGAUUGGAUACUUAGAGUAUUGCAAAUUGCGUGGUUUCACGAGCUGCUACAUAUGGGCCUGCCCUCCAUUGAAGGGUGAAGACUACAUUUUAUAUUGCCACCCAGAAAUUCAAAAAACACCAAAAUCUGAUAAGCUUAGAGAGUGGUACUUGUCCAUGUUAAGAAAAGCUUCAAAGGAAAAUAUUGUAGUUGAUCUUGCUAAUCUAUACGACCAUUUCUUUACCUCUACUGGUGAAUGUAAAGCAAAGGUGACUGCAGCUCGGUUGCCUUACUUUGAUGGAGAUUAUUGGCCUGGUGCCGCGGAGGACAUGAUAUAUCAACUACAGCAAGAAGAGGAUGGGAGAAAACAGUAUAAGAAGGGAACUAUAAAAAAGACCAUUACGAAGAGAGCCUUAAAGGCAUCAGGCCAAAUUGAUCUUUCGGGCAAUGCAUCAAAGGACCUGCUUUUAAUGCAUAAACUUGGUGAGACGAUUUCUCCAAUGAAAGAGGAUUUCAUCAUGGUUCACCUGCAGCAUUCAUGUAACCAUUGCUGCAUUUUAAUGGUGUCUGGAAAUCGUUGGGUUUGCAGACAGUGUAAAAAUUUUCAGCUUUGUGACAGGUGCUAUGAAUCUGAACAAAAAUGCGAGGACAGAGUGAGACAUCCUAUCAACCAAAAGGAGAAGCACAUAUUUUAUUCAGUUGAAAUCACUGAUGUCCCCGUUGAUACCAAAGAUAGAGAUGAGAUACUGGAGAGUGAAUUCUUUGAUACAAGGCAGGCAUUUCUUAGCCUUUGCCAGGGAAAUCAUUAUCAAUACGAUACCCUGCGCCGUGCUAAGCAUUCCUCAAUGAUGAUCCUCUACCAUCUUCACAAUCCUACUGCCCCGGCUUUUGUAACAACGUGCUAUGUAUGUCAUCUGGAUAUUGAAGCUGGUCAAGGUUGGCACUGUGAGAUGUGCCCGGAUUAUGAUAUAUGCAAUUCUUGUUAUCAAAAAGAUGGUGGAGUUGAUCACCCUCAUAAAUUGACCAAUAAUCAGUGUAAAGAACGUGAUGAACAAAACACAGAAGCAAGGCAAAUACGAGUUAUGCAGCUUAGGAAAAUGCUUGACCUCCUGGUACAUGCUUCUCAAUGCCGUUCUCCACUUUGCCAAUAUCCAAACUGUCGCAAGGUGAAGGGACUUUUCCGCCAUGGUUUUGUGUGCAAAGUACGUGCUUCUGGAGGUUGUCCUCUCUGUAAGAAAAUGUGGUCUCUCCUUCAGCUUCAUUCUCGAGCAUGCAAAGAAUCUCAGUGCAAUGUACCACGUUGCAGAGAUUUGCGGGAACACACAAGAAGGAUGCAGCAGCAGUCUGAUUCGCGUCGAAGGGCUGCUGUAAUGGAAAUGAUGAGGCAGCGUGCUGCAGAGGUUGCUGCCGAUUCUUGAUGACCCAUUUAUGUAUAUAGUAGGGCCUAGGAUUUGAAGAUACUGUUUCAUAGUGAGGCAGGUAAGUUAUAGUCGUGAACUGCCUAGUUAAUGGACCUCAUUUUGACGGUGUAAAGUUCCAUAGAAAGUAUGCAAGAGUUUCAUUUAUUAUCACUAGGCACAAAAUUUUUUCAUUCAUACAUUAUGGGUGGAACUUGAUAGUGAAGUCUAUAGAUCAGAAACUUGGUUCUCUAUUUGGAGGGUGAGCCUUCAUGGCUAGAAAAUGAUUCUUCGAUUUUAUGGCCUUAUCACAACUAUCUAGAUCUUUCUAGAUUUUUCAUUUGUAAAUAUAACAUCUCAAACUUGUAUUUUUCUCUC